AUGGAGUCCGCUAGAUCUUCAGAUGUGGACUUGAUGAAGUCAAAGAAGGCCAUAAGUUCACCGGCGCCGUCGCAUCAGAAGGUACGGAUUAAAGCUCCAGAUUUGGAUCCAAAUCCACUGAGUGUCAAAACCCCUGGGAAGCCUGCUGAUCCACCUCGUCGUUUACGCAAUCGAAAUGCUGUGCUGUCAAUAAAAGAAAUUCGGCAGGCGGCCAAUAAGCUCCGGGAGCAGGUUAUUGACCCGCCCGCUCGACCCGAUCUGCUUAUGAAUUCCUCUGAGCCUGUGGACAACACCAAAUCGAAAAGGAAGAAGUCUAGUAGUAAUGCUGAUAUAAAGCUUCCUGAAAAGUACGAGUUGUUGGAUCAGUUCUUCAACAGCUUAGAUAGCUCAAUCAAGCUGCUACAUUUAAAGAGAUCUGCACCAAAUUUUACUAAUAUUAGCCCCCAGAUAGAGAGAUUGACGGAUAGGAGGUUUACAUAUAGCCAUUUAGCUCAAUUGAAGUUUAUUAUGCCUGAGGCUAUUGAGUUAAAGAAGGUCCUCCUGCAUGAUGAGCGCACAAGUUGUAUGAAGCCGGAUCUUCAUGUUGCACCAAGUGUUGAAGCAAUUGAGAAUAAUAGGAAAUCGAAAUCUGAUGGUGGGAAUCUGCAGCUGAGGAAAGUUUUUCGAGCUCGACUGUUGGAUUUUAUAAAAUCGCAUCCACAUGGGGAUGAGGUUCCAGAGGAAGUACUACCAGAGCCAUUCAGUCGGUUGCAACAGACGAACUUACUUAGAGCCUCAACUUCAUCAUUGAGGAGUGAGACACCUGCCAUGGAAUUUGCACAAGGGCAUCCAGCAGCAGCAGCAUCACAUCUAUCUCAAGCUUUCAAGAAGUCUUUCUCCCGACGGGGCUCAACCCAUUAUGCAGAAAACUUGAAGCAAGAGUAUUCAGCUGUCUCCAUCCAUGCUCCAGUUUCAGAACCCAAGCCAGCCAAAUGCCCUUAUGAUCAGGAAACUAGUGCAUUUGCUGCCAAUUCUCCUUCCAAUAUAUCUGUGAAUCUAGCAAGUGUAAAAUGCUCGGCCAAUGUGGCUUCAUCAGCUAGUUUAUCACCAUCUCUUCUGGAAACCCCUGUAAAAAACAUAAAUUCCUCCAGUGAAAUGUCUACCUCUCAAAGAACUCCUACAGAACUUGUCUACUCCCCGGCCGAACUGAUGAGUGCCACUCCUGUGCUUCGAACACCUAAGAGACGAUACAUGAGCCCAAAUGAUGAUUCAUUUAGAUCACCAAGCAAACUGGUCCAGCGUCCACCCCGUAGUAAGAGGUCUUUGAUUCUUGACACCCCUGUGAAGAAUGUGAAGAUUGAGGAUGAUUUGAGUGAGAUUGGAAAGUCGUCAAUUGAUCAUGAAGUCUUUGAUAUUCUUCCAGAGACACUUAUCCAAUCAAUCAGAGAAAAAGAGAGGAGAAUAUCAUUGGAGUUGGAUCCAGCCAUCUCUCAGGCAAAAUGGCGUCGAAAAAUGAUUGCCAGCUUACCCAAGUUCUUUGACACAGUCUAUUUCCUCUUUAAAUCAAUCAAACGUUCCGUCAUCACAAAAGAGGAGCUCAUGCAUAAAAUAAUCGCUGGCCAUAUAGCUGUUGUUGACAGAAGAGAGAUUGAAGAACAACUCAGAUUGCUGCAAGAAUUAGUUCCAGAAUGGAUUUAUGAAAAGGCAGCAUCUAGUGGGGAUCUCCUCUUAUGCGUUAACAAGAUUUCGAGUCCUGAAUUGAUACGCACGAGACUUGCCGAGCCAAUGAUCACUGGCGAAACCUUCGAAGAAUUUCAUCUCUUAUCCUCCUACAAGGUACAGAUGAGCUCCAACAUUCAAGCCGAUGAAGCCCGAAUCCUUAUUCAAAAAUUCGUUCAGUUAACCAAUGAUAAUCCGAAUAAGGCUGUAGAAUUCAAAUGGGUUUUGUUUGAAUUUACGUUUAAUGUGAUAACAAGGAUGAUUACUGGGAAAAAUUACAAGAUUGGUGCAGAGAUUUAUCAGGAGAUAAUAAGUGAGAUGUCGAGGGUGACAAUGGAGGCAAAUGUAGUGCAUAUUUUGCCAUUUAUGAAAUGA